GAACUGAUGAAAUAAAAGGGAGCUCCCGGGGCCGGCGUGUUCCUGAGACGCGACGAUGGCGUCUCGCGGCGGGCGGCCGGAGCACUGUGGACCAGCCGAGCUGUUUUACGACCACAAUGAAGCACAGAAAUACGUUCGGAACUCCCGCAUGAUCGACAUUCAGACCAAGAUGACCGGGCGGGCACUGGAGCUCCUGAACCUGCCGGAGGGUCAGCCGUGUUUCCUGUUGGACAUUGGCUGCGGCUCUGGGCUGAGUGGAGAUUACCUCUCAGAUGAGGGACACUACUGGGUGGGCAUCGACAUCAGCCCAGCCAUGCUUGAUGCGGCCUUGGACCGAGAAACCCAGGGAGACCUGUUUCUGGGUGACAUGGGCCAGGGCAUCCCCUUCAAGCCGGGCUCCUUUGACGGCUGUAUUAGCAUCUCGGCCGUGCAGUGGCUCUGCAGUUCCAACAAGAAGUCCGACAUCCCGGCCAAGCGCCUCUUCCGCUUCUUCUCUUCACUCUACUCAGUUCUCGUCCGAGGCGCUCGAGCUGUCCUGCAGCUGUACCCCGAAAACUCGGAGCAGUUGGAACUGAUCACCACCCAGGCCACGAGGGCUGGCUUCACUGGCGGCGUGGUGGUGGACUAUCCCAACAGUACCAAAGCCAAGAAGUUCUAUCUCUGCCUGUUUUCCGGGCCUGUGACCAAUCUGCCCAAGGGGCUGAGCGAAAAUCCCGAUGAGGAUGAGGCCAGUGAGUCCCGCUUCACGAGUGAGAGGGUCUCAUUGCGGCUCUCAAGGCGGGCGCUGGUGAGGAAGAGCCGCGCGUGGGUGCUGGAGAAGAAGGAACGGCGGAGGCGGCAGGGCAAGGAGGUCCGGCCUGACUCCCGCUACACUGGCCGCAAGCGCAAGCCCCGCUUCUGAAGUCCAACUGCGAGUGGGGGACAGGCUGGGGACCCGCGGUGCGGCACUGCCCCUGGCAAGUUCCCCCAUGUCCAAGUACAGACAUCACCAGUA